AUGGAGGUAUUUGUAGUGUUCCUUUGUACUCAGCGUGGAUUUUUCUUCCCAGAUAACCUCUUGGGAAUUUCCUGGGUUGACAGCUCCUGGAUUCCAAUAUUGAACAAUGGGAGCGUGUUGGACUAUUUCUCGGAGCGAAGUAACCCGUUCUAUGACCGAACAUGUAACAAUGAAGUUGUCAAAAUGCAGCGGAUGACCUUGGACCAUUUGAACCAGAUGGUUGGAGUGGAGUACAUCCUCCUGCAUGCUCAGGAGCCCAUUCUCUUCAUUAUACGAAAGCAGCAAAGGCAAUCUCCGACACAAGCUAUUCCAUUGGCUGACUACUAUAUUAUUGCUGGAGUGAUUUAUCAGGCACCGGACUUAGGGUCUGUCAUUAACUCCAGAGUUCUCACUGCAGUGCACGGGAUUCAGUCUGCUUUUGAAGAAGCUAUGUCCUACUGUCGCUAUCACCCAUCCAAGGGCUACUGGUGGCAUUUCAAAGACCAAGAAGAACGAGAGAAAGCUAAACCAAAAGCCAAGAAGAAAGAAGAAAUAAGUUCUAUUUUCCAAAGGCAACGGGUAGAUGCUUUGCUUUUAGACCUAAGACAAAAGUUUCCACCCAAAUUUGUUCAGCAAAAGCCUGGAGAAAAGCCUAUCCCAGUGGAUCAAAUCAAGAAGGAACCGGAACCAGUCCCUGAAGCUGUCAAGCCAGAGGAGAAAGAGACUGUAAAGAAUGCUCAGCAGAGUGCUGGUGUUAAAGGACCACCUGAAAAACGGAUGAGACUCCAGUGAGAGGAGAAGUUGUCGCACACCUGGAUUAGGCAGGAUCUGGAAGACAGGAAGUUCUUGCUCCCCUUUCUUGAUGUUUAAGCUCUUCCACUGAGACUGAUUCAGGGAUUGAAAUCCCUGUUACAGCUUUUUCUGUAGAAACCUGUCACGCAAAUGUUAAUAAUGUCAGGAUGUGAGCUGCCUCAACGAAGGUGUUUUCAGUGUCCAUCUUAUUUUGAACGUUGGCUUCUGAGAAUGGUUUUUAUAUGGACGUAUUUUGCAGCCUCCUGAAUCUUUACAAAGUCUUGCAUCCCCUGUGUCUUGGUUUCUUAUGUAAAAAGAAAGCUUUUAUAUAUUUAAAAAAAAAAAUUAAAAAUCUGAGUUGUUGGCAAAUAAACCUCCUGGUUGCUGGAA